AUGUGUGUGAGUUCACCACUUUUCUGUGAGAUGAUAGAUAAAUUAUUGGAGGGAGAAGUGUGUGACUUUGAGAAUCUUAGCUGCAUGCCUCAAGAACAUGAAGGUUCACUGAGAAGGUGGCACCAGUUGGUUCCAAAACCCACUCUCAGCGUGGCCAUCGUGGCUUCUCAGCAGCAGGAGAUGAGCAGUGGAGAAGUUCCCCUGCGGAAGAGCUUUGUACAAACGCAGCUGAUUCCUAGGACACUCGCUGCCGCGGGUGUGCUCGGGUACAAAUUACAAAUACUGACGAAGGUUGCUGCAGAGCUGAGCAAGUACAUGCCAGAGAAAGCAGCAGAGGACACCUCCAGCAUUUUGAGAUCUCCCAUGCCUGGAGCAGUGGUGGCAGUUUCUGUCAAGCCUGGGGACAUGGUUGCGGAAGGUCAAGAGAUUUGUGUAAUUGAAGCAAUGAAAAUGCAGAACAGUAUGAUUGCUGCUAAAACAGGCAAGGUGAAAGCUGUGCACUGCAAAGCUGGCGAUACCGUUGGAGAAGGAGAUCUGCUGGUGGAACUGGAAUGAAAGGGUUGCCUCCACACUGUUGAGUCAGCUAAGCCUUUAUUAUUUUCAUCCGUAAAGUAAGAUUAAGGCAAUUUAACACAGAAAAUGGACAGUCCUAUGCGCAAGGUUUUAUACAGUUGUAUUUAUUGUAUCAGUGGUUAAGACAGCAAACACAGAUGUUAAACCUUGGCAACAGAUCCCAGAUUUUUACUUCCAGAAAUACUUGUACAUAACCUUUGUAAUUCUUUGAUUUUUCAGGAUCAAAUAAAAUCAAUAAAAUACCAUUUCUGCUUUAAAACAGGAAAA